UACAAAGAGAGAGAGAGAGAGAGAGAGACUCCGAAUAAUACUAAUAAUAAUAAUAAAGCUUCCUUGUUUAUUUAAAGAAGGCGGAUGGGUUGGACUGUUGGUGAAUUCUGCGGAAAACUCUUUUAAAUUUCCCACCCCCGCCACACACUUCUGCCAAAACUUCAGCAGUUUCUGUUUGCACUACCGCGUGGAGCUCCCCCUCAACGCACCACCGACCCAAGGUCAGCUCCGGUGUCCGCCCACGGGAACUCAAAGCUCCGCGGACCCCGGGCAGGCUUCCUUCUGCUGCACCCUUCUUCUUCCUCCGAACAUGGGAGUUUGACUCAGCGGGGAAAAUAAUAGACAACUGACCGAAUACACGGAUCCCCCAACCCCCCCCCCCCCCGACCCGACUCUCCCGGCACCCACUCCUCCAUCUUUGUACACGGAGCAAGAAAAGCCGCGGAGGGGAUUCGCCGAAGGGACGUCUGCCCCGAAUGUCAAGUUUUGCGACCGUUGAAAAAACGAAGUGACACCAUGUUGGGAAACCCGGGAUCGUAUGCUAACAAGAAGAGGAAGAAGCCUGUUCUCAAACAAAAAAAGGUUUCGGAAAGCAAUGACGUGGUCAAAUCGAACCCUUCAAAGCGCCACCGCGAUCGCCUGAAUGGCGAGCUGGACCGGCUCACCGACCUCCUGCCCUUCCUGGGGGACGUUCGUUCCCGCCUGGACAAGCUGUCGGUGCUCCGCCUGAGCGUGGGUUACCUGAGGGUCAAGGGCUACUUCAAAGCGACCAUGAGUCCCAGCAGCAGUGCCAUGUUCUCCGGAGUGUCCAACAGGGACAGCGUGGACACAAACGGCUUGUCCGAGGGGGAACUACUGCUCCAGGCGUUGAACGGGUUCGUGAUGGUGGUCACGUCGGACGGUUUGGUGUUCUACGUCUCCUCCACCGUCAAGGACUACCUGGGCUUCCAUCAGUCGGAUGUGGUUCAUCAGAGCGUGUUCGAGCUCAUCCACACCGACGACCGGGCCCUGUUCAGGCAGCAGCUUCACUUCGCUCUGAACCCCCCGUCUGCUGCCGCGGGCGGAGACGUGUCGCAGAGCGCCGGCAGCGCGGUGGUGUACAGCCCCGAGCAGCUCCCCCCGGAGAACUCGUCCUUCCUGGAGAGGAGCUUCGUGUGUCGCUUCCGCUGCCUGCUGGACAACUCCUCCGGCUUCCUGGCUCUGAAGUUCCAGGGGCGACUGAAGUACCUGCACGGCCAGAAGGUUUCCAACGGAAACGGGAUCAAACCUCAGCUGGCGCUCUUCAGCGUCGCUGUGCCCGUCCAGCCUCCAACCAUCGUGGAGAUUCGCGCCAAACUGCUCCUCUUUCAGACCAAGCACAAGCUGGACUUCACUCCCUUGGGGGUCGAUAGCAGGGGGAAGAUCAUUCUGGGCUAUUCGGAGAUUGAACUGUGUAUGAAAGGCUCCGGAUACCAGUUCAUCCACGCAGCCGACAUGAUGCACUGCGCCGACAACCACCUCCGCAUGAUUAAAACAGGAGAGAGCGGUCUGACUGUGUUCAGGCUCCUGACUAAGUCGGGGGGUUGGAUGUGGGUGAAGUCCAACGCCAAGCUGAUCUUCAAAGGAGGAAGACCUGAAUUCAUCAUUGCAUAUCAGAGGGCUUUAGUCAACGCAGAGGGCGAGGAGUUUCUGCGUCAAAGGACGCUGCAGCUUCCCUUCAGCUUCACCACGGGAGAGGGCGUCCUCUACAACACCGACCCCCCGGUGGACGUCGCGCACCUCCAGUUCAACCAAAUGUUCACCGACGUGAACGAGAUGAAGAAGGACGUGACCCCCGGCUCGUUGCUGGACUGCUUCCUGAGUCAGGAUCAGACGCUCUACAUGCAAACGCCGGACACCCCUCUUCCCGUGGACCAGGUGUACAUGGACAGCGAGGCGCUGGUCACUGUGGGCAACAGCAACCUCGUCACCGUGAAGGACGAGGCCAAACAGUCCGUGCUCGACAACCUGGAGAAAAUGCUGGAAGACGGCGACUUUUGCAGCACUUUGCAGAAUCUGGACGUCAGCGACGUGCAGCUGAUGGAGUGGGAGAAUGUCCUCAAGAGAUGCAGUCAGGACGGAGAGCAGCAGAGCAGCGUCAAGUCCGAGCUGGACAGCGUCCUCACCGACGACAUCUUCGACUUCAUCGAUACCGUUGUGUUCAAGGACAAAGACAAUGGUCUCCCCGACAGCUCUCCCAGCUGCCUCACGGCGGCCAGCAGCCACCAGCAGAACCCCUUCACGCAGGCCGGGCUCACAGAACCUCGGCUGUUUGAGGCGCCACGCCCCGAUCGGAUUUACUCCCCAACGAAUGGUCUCUGCGCUCGCCAGCAGGAGGCGAUGAGCGGCCCUCCGACGGCACAGUCCGCUCAGAUGUUCACCCAGAAACUCUCCCACCUCAGCCCCCUGGUUACUCAGGCCGACCCCGACCUGCCUGCUGCUCAGCUGCAGCUCCAGGACAUCUUCAGCCCGUCCAUAGAGCUCCCGGAGCUCACCGUCCCCGCCCCCCCGGCCUCUCGCCCCCCCUGUGGGCGGCUCCCGGUGCAGACCCAGUCCGCCCGUCACCUGCCGUGUCCCCCAAACACUUUUGCCGUUCCUGCGAUGGCACCGAACCGGCACCUGUUGCAGGGCGCAGCCCGGCAGCCCGCCAGCGCCGCGCCGGGGGUCAUGGACAUGGUGCCCCACCUGAUUCCUUGCGAGGCCUUCAAUCCCAUCGGUGCACCCAAUAUUCACGUUCCCUUUGCCGCGGCGCGUCAGCAAGGAAGCACUUCCUUCGAACCGCAGCAGGUCCGGCAGAGCCGGCAGCAGACGGCGCCCCACGGCGGCAUCGUGCACAACGGACACGGCCAGAAUCCCGAGAGCCUAGCGCCCCCCCCUGGCCUGUGGCCCGGCGGCGUGGCGGGACAGAGCCACGGCCAGCUGGCGUGCGGCCAGGCGGCCGCUCACAGCAGCUGCAUGUUCGACCAGCACUUUUCCACCGGUCCAGCGGGAGGCGACGUCCUGGCUCUGUCCGGUUCUUUGGGCACGAGGGGGGCCGAGGCGUCCCUGGAUGUGGGUCCUCCUCAAGGGUCCUGCUACUACCAGUGGAGCCGUGGUGACUCUGUGGUGGGCCCGUCCGCCAUCAGCCAGCAGAAGCCCAGCCUCGGUCUGCCCAACAUGCCUUCAUCAGAGCCCAUUCAGCACUUCCUGGUUGACAGAGUCUCUGCUGAACUCAACGGGGUGUUUGCCCCCCCCGCUCGGGACGUAGCCAUGUACCCGAGGGAGUAGAUUCAAGCCAUGUUCAUAUUUCUGCCACAACAAAUCCUGGAGAAGGACAAAAGUCAGUAUAGCCGGCCUGUAUCAGCGCUUAUCCACAGACUCUCAUGCUUACCCUCAUUGCCCUGAUGUUUUAUAUCGCUCUGUAUCAUUUAUACUCUGUCCAGUCUGUAAUGUUUGAAAGCUGUGCUCGUCAGUUAGUGAGUGAAGAUACACUAUAGUAAUAAUGAAGUAUAAUGCCGCAAGUGCGUUUACCAGGAUGGAGCUUGAGCCAGCUAGCCUCGGACAAGUGAAUCCGAGUAGCCAAAGAAAUAGGUUUUUAUAAGGGAAACCAGCAGUUGUCAUGUCCUUUUCAGCCAGGGACAUUCACUUAAUAUCCCAAUUAUGGAUACCUAAAAUAAAGGAAAAAAAAGCGGAACAUACUGUUUUUUUAUAUGUAUUUUUUAUAUAUGAUUAUUUUAAACUCUGACAAUGACCUUUCCAAAAGAUGUCGUCAUCAUCUUUGUAAAAAAAAGUGACGAUAAAUCACUCAAAGUGAUCGCUACCUGAAAGCACAGCUGUAAUGUGAUAUAAUUACAGGUUACGUAAUCUGUAUAUUUUAAAUGUGGUGGAUAUGAAUGAAGCCUUCUUUAUACCAAAAAGCCUUGCUCACAGUGAGCUCCCCCCCCCCCCCCCCCCCUUUUAACGGUCCUGUCCGUUCUGCUUCCUGAUAAAUUCCGCCUGGGAAGCAGGUUUUGGGGUUUUUUGCAUUAUUUUCAUAUCAGUGAGUUUUUUUAGAAACUGAAAAUAAGCGUAGGUGCAGUUGAGUCCUUUUGGGUCCCCUGAACUCGUGAACUCAUCUUAUUAUAUUUCGCUGUGGAACUAACCGUAAACUGGAAGUCUCAUGCCGCCGCGCCUUAAGAAAUCCCUCAACAGACCCCCCCCCCCCCCCCACUGUAACAUGCACUUAUCUCAUCAGAGACCUGAAUGAGAUGGCUCUAACUCACCAUCGCCUCAGAAAGAUGGACAUGUGACCCAAAGCCAAUGAUGCCUUCAGGUGCUGCUCAGUCAAACCAACGUCACAUCAAACAGACAACUAAAUGCCAAAUGAACCCACGGUGGACAACAGGAAAACCCGGGGUCACUCCCCCCCCCACAAGGUGUGCCUUUCACGUGGCGUCUCAAUCAAAUCCAAUUCUGAAUGGACUCAUAUUCUGUGGAACACGCUAAAAGGUCUAGUUACCCCACCGGGAGUCGAUAUGAAAACAUUCACUGUUCCUUGUGCCUUGGUGGAGCUGGCAGCUCGUAUCUUCUUCUAAAUGUAUCCGUGCCUUGUUGUAUAUUAGAAUCCUCUUUUGUAACGCCAUCCUGUGGAGCUGCACUGACAUAAGGGAAGCUGUAGGAGAUGCAGUGUGUGAAGGUUUUAUCCUUCUCUGAGGAAUCUCCCUGAAACACACCGUCCAAUGGGAACAAGGGAACCUGUCUCUGUGGAGAUGGUAACGGGUCCAGCAAUGCAUUCUGGUCACACUUACCAUCACAGGUGUUUCUUCCACACUACAGGAAGUGGUUUGGGUUGAACCUGAGUAGGAGGCGCGGCAGCUUUAUUGAACUCCAGCUGCAUUGUGGCGAAAUCACUCAGUAUUUGACCUCUUCCGAAGAAAUCUUGUUGCUUUUGGAAAUAUCUUUCAGUUAAAUGCCUCAAAUCUCUUCAGGAGAAUCCUAAAAGUCUCGAGGCACAGAUGUAAUAUACCCCCCCCCCCCCCCCCCCCACCCCCCGUGCUGUGUUGUCGUCGAGAGGAUCUCAGUCCGCAAACCGACAAAAAAGAAUGGCCUUUAGUGACAAACACAGACACAUCAUGACUGCAGCCACUAAGAAAGAAACCCAGGAGCCAAAUGUUUUAUUCACCGCUGUGUCGUAAUGCUAACAUGUGCCUUGCCAUAUUCCUGUUUUUGUAAAAGAAAAACAAGUGUAUAAUCCACUUAUAUUUAGCCAAGUAGUUAUAGUAUCUAUAUCAUAAUAUAUGCUGAACAAAUAACCAGCCUUUGUCUACUGUUGAAUGCUUUUUCAUAUAUACGUGUGCAAUGAUUACAACUGUUUGGCUCAUUUGUUUAUAAAAAUCAAUGUUUAAGAGCA